GACCUGUCCCACCUUUCCCACCUCCGUCUCAUAGCAGAAAUUCUCAUUCUCGGAGAACGCAGGCCGUCUUUUACUCUCGUACACUGCACCACAUAAAAAAGAAAAUUCAAAGAAUUUAUGGGAGUUCUCGGCUUAAGCACAUACCUCCGGGAGAACCGUCGGCUAUCUGAGGCACAUCGGCUCGAUACUCGUGAGCUGCUUGCAGAUCGAAUCAAGAUUGUCGUGGAUGGAUGGUCCUUUAUCUACGAUCUUUACCGAUCCUCAGGUCUGCCCUGGGUAUAUGGCGGGGAAUACGCAGCCUUCGGCCGGCUUGUGAGAACGGUUGUGGAGGCUUGGGUCAGGGUCGGCCUCGAGGUCUCGUUUGUUUUCGAUGGACCUUGCCCAGAACUCAAGUUUCCGACCGUUGUAUCUCGCCUCACUCAAACCAACGUGACGAAUGCGCUUGUUUUCUUCCGAACAUCCUCCUCGUCGAGAGCGAACUCUCGCUUUCUCCAUGAGUCUCGCAUCAUCCCUCCGCUCGUGUAUACGGCUUGCAUUGAGUGUUUGAACACACUCCCCUCCUCCAUAAACGAUCACGUUUUCGUCCAUUACGCCGACGAAGAGGGCGAUCCCUAUGCGGUCGAAUUGGCGGGUCGCAUCGGCGCCUUCGUUGCCGGCUCAGAUUCCGACUUUGUCAUCUUGAAUGCGCCAGGAUAUCGAGGCUGCAUUCCCCUCGAUGAGAUGAUCUGGAGUGCGGCCGAGGCAGAGGAAGCGGUUGUGCAAGAUGACGACUUCCAACCAGUGCGUAAACCGAAAUCGCAUAAAAGAGCUGUCGUGACCUCUGGCCGCGGUCUUGUUCCACCAGCCGAUCUGAAGGGGCUCUCGUUGGCCUUCACGUCCUACAGUCCCACUACCCUGGCAGCUCAUCUGAACUUGCCCAUCACCCUGCUGCCCUUGAUGGGUGCCCUGGUCGGCAAUGACCUGUCGAACAGCUCUUCGUCAUCGGGCAAGAACGUGCAGCUCUUGUUUUUCGAACGGGGGAUGUCUCACGCUCAACGCAUCACACGUGUGACGGCGACCAUCAACUCCAUCCUCUCUGCAUCCUCUCUGAAGGGCAAGCAGAAGGUGGAGGGCGUGAUGGAUCUCAUCGACAAAACGGUGACGGCGCUUCUCAUCCGCUCUAUCUCCACAAUGGGCUCGGGCGAAGUCGAGAAAGUCGUAGACAGGAUUGUGGAAGCCACACUCCAGUAUGCUCUGCACAAGAGCCCCGAUGAUAGCAAGGCGCUGUGGCCGACCUCGAUCUGCGCAUUGCACUUGCCAGAAGUCUGUCCUAUUCUGCCAAUGAUGUCCCGGAUGGAACGACAUGACAUCAGAGAGGCCUAUCUCCAGGCUUAUAGACGCGGAUGUCUCAAUCCCAAGAUUCUUGAUCUGCUGCAAACUGGCACGUCCUGGCCGAGAUUAUUUCUCGAGGUCCCCGACUUGGAGACUGUCAGCCGAGCGCUCGGACGCCCGAUCAGGCAAUGGGGAUAUGCUAUCCUGCACGACGCUUUGGGGCUGCCGUGUCCAGAAGCAGACUUAGAUGAGCAGACUAUCGGAGCCGAUGCCGAAGCAGUCGACGAAGACGACGAAGAGGAACUCGUUGAUGUCGUUGAAAGCGACUCGGACGAAGAGUCUACGUCUCCUGACCUUCUUGCACCUCUUCGCGGUGCUUUGCAGAGUCUCCAAGUGCCGGAGGAUGCAGAAUCCCAUAUCUCCGAUGAUCGAAUACCCAUUGUCACCGAGUUCCUGCGUCGUGGAACCAGAAUCGCGGAAGAGCCGGUGGCCGUGCCGAUGAUCUCUGAUCUCCUCGCUUCGAUCAGCUGUUCCGCUCCCGGGCCCGUGGCUUGUCAAUCUGAAGCACAGCGUUUGACUGUGCUACUGCGCGCCCUCCGCUCUGACUCGGAUGCGGUGCGAACAUUGCCUCGGAGACAGUUGGGAGCAGCUGUCUGUCUGCGUUGGAUCAUCAUGACAUUGCACGAGCGAGCUUCGGAAAGCAAGGACCGUGACAAGGAGCGCUGGACCCGCCGCGAGGCUCUCUGCUUCCUUGCUGCACAUGAGCUGGAUUCCGAUCCUUCGGAGUCGGACAACUCGCCCGAACUGUUGGAUCGCAAUAUCCAGUUGACAGCACAGGCGCUUACUUGCAUCGAAGCAGUGGAUCAAUUAUCGCAGAUCCUGCUCAUAAGUCAUCUUCUGCCGUCCAUAGCGCCCACAUUUUCGGGCAUGGCAUUCCACCGUCGUUUGACGGGAGUGACUCCCCCGACUGUGUCACAGCCUCUAUCAGACGCCUGUCUUGUUGAUCUUUCAUAUGCCCUUGCGGACGAACGCAAGAAGAAAAUCAGGAAGACGAAAGGUUCUGGUCGGGGCGCCUCUGUUCCUGCAAACCCAGCAACUGGUCUAUUUGGAUUGUUGGCAAACGCGGACGCGUAAUUGUAUCAGUUGGUUAUCUGAUUUGUAAUUAUGAUCUGAACGAGGCAGAGCGCCCAGCUUUGUGUCAGGCACUGACUCUUCACGAUGAUCAAUGAGCGCCGGAGCGCUAACCUGUGAAAUGCUGUCCCACUCAAUCCUGUCAUGCAACACAUAUAUAUGCCCCUACAUGUAUGACCUUGUGCCAUCCUCUCGCAUUCAAUGGCAGCCAUUGCUAACCGUACUAAAAACACGACACCUGCGCUCCCUGACUACAUCACAUACCGCUUUGCAAAGCGCUUAGUGUACGUGAAGCCUGCUGAGACCUACGAGACCGCAGUUGACCUUGCUCAGAAAGAGUUUGCGGAGCUCAGAGACAUUCCCCGGGAACUAAUAUCGUUCAACACCGUAUUCAAUGCCAAGAAUGAUCCGCGCCUCGUUCGCAUCUCGGAGAGCGCCUGGCUGGGUGCUGUGGCGAAACAGUUUUGCGGCGCGGUCAUAGACGUCAUCGUAGUGCCCGAUCCCAAUGCUCCACCGACAUACCUCGCUGUCCCGACAGAUCCGGUGCAUGAAGAGAUGGAAACUUGGCGUAAAUCGCGUUCAGCGUCCGGUUCGCCCGCAUCGUCGCGCCAGCCGUCGCCGUCAGGCAGGAGUACCAAGAGCCCAAAGCGAUCAUGGCUACCACGACUGGCAUGAACAUCUGAGCUGAAUCGCACUGAUCUAGUCCCUUGCUGUAUUUCUAGAGUCCAUCUCACGUCCCAUCUCGAACUUUUGCUAUCUUAUGAUGUGCAUAGUACUGUAUAUCUGUCUCACUUCAAACACGCUAUCAUUGACCGACGAGCUACGAUGUCCGACUGUACCUGAGCAAAGCUUUGCUUCUGAAUGUUGCGUUGUACUGCAAAAGAUUGUUGAUGUCUCGGACCCAGUCAUCUUCCUUUCCCGGGCCAGCCCCUUCAUGCUUUGUCGCCUCUUCCUUGGCUAUGGAGGAGCGGUUGAUGCAUGGGACAGGAUACGGAGAAGCGUUGACAGUCACAGACUCGCCGGGAUUCAGCACGUGCGACGUCCGUCCGUCCAUGGAAACACCUCCUGGCGCUCGACUUCGAUCUCCGAUCUACGAACAGCUCAGAAGGGGGCGAGUCAAUUUGAAACGAACAGACCCUGAGUGUUAUGGAAGACGACGAUGGAAAGACGAGCGGUCGGAACGAGAGACUUCGAGGGCAGAUUGGAGUGAGGACAAGCGCACUCAGCGAGGGAUGUACGAUUGGCCCACCAGCCGAGAGCGAGUAUGCUGUGGAUCCGGUAGGGGUGGAUAUGAUUAGGCCGUCAGACUGAAUUGAACAUAAGCGGAGAGUUCGCCCGGGCGAGGGAGCACGCACGACUGCUUCGGUCAAAUGCUGUCCGUCAACGAAGAUAUCAAUCGUGUUGAGAUGGGGGCUGGAUCCACGGUGGAGUGCAAUCUCGUUCAUGACCUGCCAGUCUACACGCAGAUUAAUAAUCUUUGUAUCUGACCGCAACACAGGAUCGACGCACCGUUCCGCUCGCCCGCCUUCUCGGUGGAGUCAGGAUUGUAGAACGUACAGGCCUCCGCGAAGUCGUCCAUAUCUGGAAGGAAGGGUGCAUAUUGAGCUGACGCGAUUCUAGCGGUCGAAAACACGCACGGAAUGGAAGCAAGAAUCCAAGCGUCCCCAUGGAGAAGCUAAGAACUGGUGGAACAGCACCUUCGCUAAAGAGCGAGGACGCGUGAAGGAUGGUCCCGUCCCCUCCAAGAGUCACGACCAGAUCGAUCGGUUCGGCAUUGUAGUCUGUUAAUGGCAUGAACAUGCCUGACGGGAACAUGGAGAACAAGAUUUAUGAACCUGGUUUCCAAACCUCGGCAGCAUGUGGAAUGUCAUCACGGUCUUCGUGGAAUACACGGACGUCGGGGUAGACUGAGUGAACAUGCCUAGAAUCGGCGUCAUGAAAACUCGGCUUCCCUGUGACUGCAAGACGAUGCUACGGACUCGAGGAACGCGUUAAUGGCUAAUAUAACCGGUUGUGUUCGCAGCUUAUUGACAAUGAGGAUUGUUUUCGGUGGUCGCUGUAGUUGGAGUUGGCUCCGCCUUCCUUCCUCUCAAAUUAAUCUUGAUGCAGCGCUCAAGAAAAACAGACGGACACUGAAGAAGAACUCGCGGUAGAGGAAUUGAAGCGAACAAAGUUUAACCUCUGUCGUCGCGAACCGACAUAUCCACUAGCACGAGGACGAAAAGUCGGUUUUAGCGCGCGAUGUAAACGCAGAACGGAGAGCAUUGUCAUCAAAUCUGUGAAACCUUGUGACUCACAGCUG